AUGAAACGAAAUAGACUGUAUCGAUCGCCAUCAAAUCAAUGCGCACGUCUUUUUCUCGAAUCCAAAUUACGCAACUCAGGGGUUAGUGGCUCGACUGUGGCCCGAAAGUCCGCGAUUCGAGCUCUGGUCGAGACAGAAAAAGCACGCACUGCUGAAGACAUGGGUAGAAUACCUGUCUAUAGGCUUCAUUUCCCAGCCACUUUCCGCAACGGUGACGUGAGCAUUUGUGAGCUUAACAACCGAGAUUAUCAAUUCAAAUUACCUAAGUGCUGGAUUUUUGAACAAGUUGUGGACUAUUGUGAACACGCAAAGCGCAACAUUCCCAUCUCGUUCCUACUCGGAUUUUUCGUCUCCGGGAUCGUGGGUCGCUGGUUUCUCAUAUUCCCGUGCAUUCCAUGGAUGAAUCGGGUCGCUUUGGACAUAACUCACCUGGGUGUCGAGCUCUGUUAUCUGCAGUGCAUUCCUCUCGAGGAAGAAAAUGACAUCCCCUAUGGUCCGAAUGGUAGCCAGUCUAAGGAAAAUGUUUUUGGAGCUGACGUAGAUCGAGGUGCNGAGACUUGUGUCAAUGCAAAAGACGAACUGUCGACUCGGAAAAUCCGAAUUACACUGAUGCGUUACGUGAAUCUAGCAUGGAUUUUGCUUCUACGUCUCAUGUCUGAUCAGACCUCGAAACGAUUCUCGGUUGGCAAUUUGUUGCCCAAAUCAAUGCGCACGCAUCAUUUCUACCAUCCGUGGUCCAUCGGGACGGAAGACGAGGCGGAAAAACCUCCGAAGCGAUUUGGGAUACACGGUCGACGUGAGAACGCCCAACCUUGUCCAUCCCCGUGUUCACUUCCCACGCCAUCACCGGAAGGGGUCAGCUUUCCUCAAUUCAAUGCCUUCAAAGCGGCCGAUGAUAAUCAGCUGACCGAAACUCUCCGAGCAUUCAACAAUGAUAAAAGUGUGCGACGUACAUUUGGCGAACUCAUCACCGAGGAGGAGAUCAAUACAUUUCAAUCUAUUGCCAGUGACUGGUACGAGCGAACGAAAACACGCUACACACCAGAAUACUGGGUCCCGAUUCAAUGGGCGCAGCGUCUGACGGUCAAAGCGUUACAGUGCGAAUACAUACCGGAACCAAAAAGAGCCUACCAUCUGCUCAAUGUAAGGUCAGUUACCACCUUCGUCCCGCGAUGCCGGCAAUUGAACAGAUUCCGUGACCAAUUACAAUAUCUGCAAAUAUUCAGCAGUAUGAUGGUUCCAUUAGCCUAUGCCCAGGUUGUUACCAUCGCCGUCUACAGUUACUUCACAUGUCAACUAUUCUCCAGUCAGUUUGUUGAACGUCGAAACGGAGUACAACAUUCCGGAAUCGAUUUAUACGUGCCCGUGUUCGAUUUCUUGUCCUAUCUCUUCCUCAUGGGAUGGUAUAAAGUGGCCUUAUGCGUUAUUAAUCCGUUCGGAGAUGAUGAUGAAGAUUUUCACAUUGGAGACAUUUUGGACUAUAAUUUAGAAGUCAGCUAUCGAUCAGUUUAUAUGGACGAUAAAUCGUUCCCACGAACAAUCGCGAUUCCGAUGCAGGGCGACGAAGAAGUGAUACAAAAGUCAAAGGAUCAGUUUAAUCGCUUCCUGGACAGCAUUGAUCCAGACUUAUGGAUGGAGGUCGUCGAACCGGACAGUGAGGAGAACAGGUUUGUUCAAACAUUUCGUUUAUUCGCCUGA